AUGGCGCACUUGGAGCCCAAUGCCAAGUCGGCCACUCAUGACAAGCUACCGUGCAUUCCCGAAGGCUAUCGAGUACGCAAACGCCCUUUGACGCGUUCCCAGCCGCCCUCCUCGGCCAACGCGCGCAUCAUCUACAUGAGCACGCGAACACCCUUCAUGGCUACCAUCACACGCAUUCGGAAAACCCUCCUCCACUCCCCGUCACAAGCCCGCUCGGCACCCAAGAACGCCAGCCUGGAGAGCAGGAUAGCGUACCUCGAGAAGAACGUGGACGAGGGCCAGGAGCAGCGCAGCGUCACCGUGGUGGGCACGGGGCGGGCGAUAGAGAAAGUUGUGGGUGUGGCAGGGUGGUUUGACGACGAACCUCAGUUUGGUGUUGAGAUGAGGACCAAGAGUAUUGGAGCUGUGGACGACAUUGUUCCUGGGCCAGAUGAAAACGACGAUAACGACGACAAUGACGGAGGCAUAGAGGAGGAGAGCAGCAGGGUGAGGAGAGUGAGCGCCCUCGAGGUGACGAUCACGCUCAGGUAA